UCCAUACUGCAUUUCUUGGAGCGCUGUCAGUUAGCUGAAGAUCUGAGUUGCUAAAUGCUCCGCCAACUCUAGUCUCCAUCGUAGUUUCCGACAGCUUAUUGUAGCUCUUGAAUUCUCGUGCAAGUUAACAUAGUCAUUCUUUCUCCUUCAUUAGCAGAUUCUUUCGAUCCUUUCUAUUCUUAGCCCUACAACACGAUGUGUUUCGACAACUCUUGGCUGGCGGCUUCCUCCCGCGUUCAGCAGGACAGGGAUCAAGCAGACACUCAGAAACUAGUCAGGCGAUGGGGUUCAGAGCUCUCUCUCAAUCCAGACUCCAACCAAUUCUGGGCCUCAGAAGAACCAGAUAAUUUCGAAGACCCCACUCCCGAGCAGUCACCCCAUUCGUCCAUCGCGGAGGAGCUGCCAUGGGCGAAGCGCAUGCUGUCGGCGCGUCACCGGGAGUCGGUGGACCUGACCAACAGCCUCCCGGACGAGUGUCUUUCGCACAUCUUCUCCUUCCUCCCCAACACCAACGACCGCGGCUCAUGCGCUCUCGUCUGCCGCCGCUGGCUGCAGAUCCAGGGGCUGCUUGGUUGGAACGGCGCCGCUCCCUUCGCCAUAGGCCCUCUGGAGUCCAAACCAGAGGCAAUCACCUCAGAUGCUGUAGAUUCACCGAAGCAGUCUGUAGCGAGUAACGCCGGUGACUUGUCCCGGUGUCUUGAGGGUCGCCAUGCGUCAGACACUCGCCUUCUCUCCAUGGCCAUCGGGUUGCCUAGCCGCGGCGGGCUCAACCGCCUAGUGGUCCGCGGGGACCGUCUGGCAGCAGUGGCGGCAAUCUCCACGCCGACUCGCCUCACCAACCUUGGCUUUCAGGCGAUUGUCGGUGCGAGUCCCGGGCUGCAGUCACUUACGCUGUGGAACUGCCCAUACGUCGACGACGAGGUCCUCCGGAUGCUCGCGUCCCGUUGCAAGACUCUCCGCCGUCUCGAUAUAAUGAACUGUCAACGUGUGACCGACAAGGGCCUGUCCGCGAUCGCGCGCGGCUGCCACGAGCUGCAGCAUCUCAGCGUCUCCGGCUGUUCCCGCGCGUCAAACGCGUUCCUUGCCGCCAUGGCUUCCGGCUCCAAACGUCUGAUCUCUCUAGCUCUCUCCGAUUUACCCCUCGUGAACGAGUAUGGACUGAAGCUUCUGGGCUCGUCUUGCAAGGAACUGAAGCGGUUGCGACUUUCCGGGAAGAUUGGUCUCACAGAUGCGGGUUUGAGGCUGGUGGGUGAGCACGUGGCGGGGCUGCAAUGGCUGAAGCUGUCGGAUUUGCCAUUGCUGACAGAGGAAGGUUUCAGAGCCGUUGGCCAGUCUCCGGGAUUCCAGAGUCUGCAGUCUGUCACGCUCGCUGGUUGCAAGCAGCUUACAAACAAGGCUUUAAGGGAGGUCGCGGAGGGGUGCUCCAAUGUGAAGAGCCUCAGCGUGUCCAAGUGUCCCGCCGUCUCGUGCUGCGGGAUUAAAGACGCUCUAGAAGCAGCGGCUUCCCUUGAGUCCCUAACUCUGCACAAGCUUUCGAAUCUGUCCUGCUGGCGAGGCUCGGAAGGAGAAGCGGAGCAGGCGCAGCAGGGGCGCGAGGAGGGGUGUAAGGGCGGAUGCUGCAUAUGGAGCGGCUCCUGCGCCAAGCUUACCAGUCUGUGCAUCAGCCACUGCGACGGCGUGGAUCGGCGGUGCCUCGGCAUGCUCGGUCGCAGCAACGCCAGCCUUCAGUCGCUCGAGCUCGCGGGUCUCGCGGGCGCAGAGGACAAGGGUGUCACGAGCCUAGUAGCCGGCUGCGGGGCGAAGCUUUCCAGUGUGGAUUUGAGCGGGUGUUCGCGGAUCACAGACAAGGCCGUGGUUGCCAUUUCGCGCAGCUGUGGCAGCACAAUGAAAUCCCUGUCCCUUGAUGGGUGCUCCAAUGUGACCGACCGCAGCUUGAGAGCCAUUGCCUCGUCGUGCGCGGCUCUUGAGGACCUGGACUUGUCCAUGUGCGGAAUCAGUGACAGGGGGCUGUCUGCUCUGGUCAGCAGCCUUGGGCCAUCGCUUCUAAACCUCUCCCUGGCCGGGUGCCAGGGAAUCACCGACAAGAGCCUGAAGAAGAUCAUGACUCAGUGCCAUAAGCUUACUGGACUCAACUUGAAGAACUGCCGUGGGUUGACCAAGGAGGCUAUUAGAUCCAUUCAGCUGAGUUCCCACUGUCUUAGUGGGCCGAGCUGCCUAUUCGUCGAUGAUGCCUUGUAGACUGUACGGUAUGUAGAACCAUUGCGCUAAGCGAGUAUUUUGUAAAACCCAAAUGCAUUUACGAUUACAACUUGUUGUCGAAUCAGGCGUUUCAGCGAAAAAGUCCAAGCAAUGAAU